AUGAGCAUUCCAUCGGUUGACGAAAUCGAAUUUUUGUCGCGGCCUUCAGGCAAAGCCGAGGGCAAACACCACAUCAUUGUGGUGGGCGCAGGGAUCAUUGGUGUCUGCACUGCUUUUUAUUUGACCCGUCAUCCGCGAUUUGACCCUUCUACACACCAUAUCACUCUUCUAGAGUCUAAGCGCGUUGCUGGCGGCGCAUCGGGGAAAGCAGGCGGACUCUUGGCCACCUGGGCUUUUCCACAACAGAUCGUGCCCCUCAGUUUUCAGCUGCACCAGGAUCUGAGCGAUGAGUUUGACGGAGAAAACCAAUGGGACUACAGACGACUCACAACCGUUUCUCUCGAAGCAGACGUACAGAAUGUCGGGCAUCAGACUCACCCUUCUACACGGAAAGGUUACAAUUUACGUGUGGCCCCACCGAAAAAAAAAUCGAGGUGCGAUUCAACCGACUCUCUCGAAUCCAGUGUCGCGACUGGAAGCGAGGCCGACGACGAGCGCGAGAACGAGUUCUCGGAGAUGACUGAACAAUCCAGCACCGAGAAGGAGUUGACAGAUGCUUCGUCGACUGACAUGAAGAGUGAAGCUUUGCAACAAGAAUUCAAUACCGAGAUGGAAGGUAGUCGAAAGACCACCAAACUACCUGUUGACCUCAACUGGAUCAAAAAAGAACUGGUACGGGACUGGUCCUCAUUGGGAGGUACUGAUUCCACAGCACAAGUCCACCCUUACAAAUUCACGCAUUUUCUACUUCGCGAAGCCAUGAAUACAGGUGCCGUCGACCUCAUAUUGGGUAAAGUUAACGAAAUCAAAUUCGACGACGUGGGUUGUACUUCUGGUGUGUCCUAUAUACCGACGACUGAUGACGACGAUCAGGAAGAACAACAACCGAUCGAGAUCCUCGCUUCACAACAAGUCGUCUUGGCAAUGGGCCCUUGGACUUCCAAGAUUUUACCGGACUGCCCUAUCUCUGGACUCAGAGCGCAUUCGAUUACCAUUAAACCUUCUACGGGCACGGUAUCGCCCUACGCUAUUUUUACUGAACUGAAGGUCGAUAAAAACAAGUACUUUUCUCCAGAAAUGUACGCACGGAAGGAUGAAGUUUAUGUUUGCGGAGAGGGUGACACCCUGGUAGAGCUCCCCGAAACUAGCGAUGCUGUCGAAGUUGUACGUGAAAAGUGUGACGAACUUUACCAUUACGUUUCGAAAUUGUCUUCGAACCUAUCAGAGGGGCACAUAUUGAAAAGGCAAGCAUGUUACCUACCGGUGUUGAAUGUUCCCACGAGCUCGGGACCUUUGAUUGGAGAAACAAACCUAGAAGGUUUGUACGUGGCUUCGGGCCAUUCAUGUUGGGGUAUAAAUAAUGCUCCUGCCACGGGGAAAAUCGUGAGUGAGCUUUUGCUAGAUGGUGAGGCCACAAGCGCUGAUAUUUCGGCUCUUGAUCCGGGGCUCUAUUUCGAUGCUAGUGUUUUAGAAUGA